GGACAUUGAUCAGUUUAUUUAGGUUACUGGCUAAUACCCUCGGUUCGGACCUUGAGGAGUAUUAACUUCACCAGAGGUGACCAGCAAGCUACCGAUGACCUCCAUCUUCGGCGACGGACGCCGAUGCCGAAAUGCGGAGGUUACAUGCUCUUUUUCCCCAGCUGAUCUUCAUGGUCAUCUACCAGAAGAAGCAAUUGACUAGACCGUCAUGAUCUUGUUGUCGGUCUAUAAGUUUGCCGAAACCCCUCUUGUAAUUUGCCGACGAGAUGUAUAAAUAUGUUCUGAUAUUUGGUGAGGCCAUCCCAAAACCGGGAUAACUCGACCCGAUCACUUCGCACACGAUGGCCUCGUCAAUGAGUAAGAAGCUCUUAUACCUGGCAACACUGGCUGUGUCUCCGGCGAUUGCAACGGAACAUUCCAAAUGUUCAGCGAAAAGCCUAUUCAUUCCUAAUGGGACCAUCGCCUCAGUCCAGCACCACUCCCUCGGCGAUGUUAUUCCACUACCAAACACAGUAUCAUCAUGCGGAGGUCCAAGUUUCAAAGCCAACAUUACAGCAAACCUCUGCAGAGUUGUUAUCAAUGUCUCAACGAGUGACUCUAGCUCAGUUCGUAUCGAGGCGUGGCUUCCGGACGAUUGGAACAAACGUCUACUGGCAACAGGUACGGGCGGAAUCGGAGGAUGUAUCGACUUCCCAACUGUUCAGAAUGGAGCUCAAUUGGGCUUCGCCAGCUUCGGAACCAACACGGGCCACGAUGGCGAACAAGGCUUUGACUUCUUCCUCAACCAGCCUGAGGUCAUCAACGACUUUGGACAUAGAGGAAUUCACGUCGAGGCUCAAGUGGCGAAGCAAAUCGUGGAGCAAUACUAUGGAAAGAAGGCUUCAAAGAGUUAUUACCAAGGUUGUAGCACUGGCGGACGUCAAGGUCUGCAGAAUGCUCAGUUGUAUCCUGAUGAUUUUGAUGGAAUUCUCGCUGGGGCUCCAGGCAUUGACUGGCUGCAUAUUGUGGCGUCCAAGGGCAUACUGGCUCGACGUAUUGGAUGGCCAGAUCUCAAAUCCGAUGCUUAUGUUCGACCAGAGCAGUGGAAGGCGAUUGUCGAGAAACAGAUUGAGAUGAUUGAUCCUCUGGAUGGUGUUGAGGAUGGUAUUAUUGACAACCCGGCUGCACAUGCCUUCGACCCAGCGAUCAUGGCAUGUGGCACUGGAUUACUCAACAGCUCAUUGUGUCUGAAGCCUCAGCAAGUCACAUCAGUCAGAGCUGCAUAUGAGCCUCUGGCGGACUCAGAGGGCAGCAUUGUGUACCCAGGAUUUGCUCUGGGUGCUGAUACUAGCGUCUUCUCCGCAAACCAGGUCAACGGCACCGCUGAGUUGAACUACAAAGUCUUACAGGACUUCUGGCGUGGUGCCGUAUAUAAUGACUCAAAUUGGACACCUCACAACUUCACAGCCAAAGACAUGGACUUUGCUAUCAAACUCAAUCCAGGAGGAGUCAACGCCGCAGAAGGCGAACUUCAAAGGUUCUACGCCAAGGGAGGCAAGAUAAUUUCAUACCAUGGUCAAGCUGACCAGACCAUUACACCCAAGCUACCAGCUGAGUAUUAUGCCAAGGUGCAAAGCAACCUUAAUGCUACGCUGGAUGACAUGCAUUCUUUCUACAGGCUGUUCUUCGUCCCUGGGAUGUAUCACUGCUCAGGGGGACCUGGUGCAUUCGAUAUCGGACAGGUAUAUCCCUUGAAGAAGGACAGGCUGACGGCGAAGGAGAGUGUUUUGUUGGCUUUGACGAAGUGGGUUGAGGAGGAUCAGGAACCUGAGACCAUAGUUGGCGCCAAGUUUGGCAGCAAUGGGGCUUCAGGCAAAGCUACAGCAAAACGAAAGUAUUGCCCGUAUCCGUAUGAAAGCAAAUGGGAUGGAUCUGGAAACACGACCAAGGCCGACAGUUGGCGCUGUAAGCUUCCUGGAGCUUAAUCGCCGUGUUAAAACAGUGCUGCGAAGAAUGAAAUUUGUUUCCGGCAUUGA